AUGGUGGUUAAUGAUGAUGACGAUGAUGGCGACGAUUGCUUGUUUUUUAUUUGUUUCUUUCCCUAUCAUUUGUUUGAAUUAUGGUUCCACUUGAAUCCAACCAGCCGAGAGGAUUUCGAUGAUUUCUGGCAUACCAUUCGGAUUAUUGGCUUCUGCACGUACUUCCUCAAUUCCUGUGUCAAUCCGGUGGCAUUGUACUGCGUAUCUGGAGCAUUUCGGGCCCAUUUCAAUCAAUACCUGUGCUGUUGGUGUGUCAAGCGACAGACACGCAUACGUCAGCAUUCCACCGCCACUGGGAUGAUGGACACCAGCAUUGUGAAUAUGUCGAUGCGUUCCACCAACAACUACAAUCGGGCCUCGGUACAUUUGAAUAAUACCAAUUCGUGUGCGGUGAAUGGCUCCAAUGGCCAGCAUGGGGGACGGUUGGCCAGCAACAGCUAUCGGAGGCAGGCAUCGAUGCAUCAUCACCAUCAGCAGCAGCAGCAGCAGCAGCAACAACACAACAAUGCCGAGGCACGAUUGUCGGCCACACCACCAACUGCUUUGGUCCAGAGUGGGGUGAUACUGAGCGGUGACAAAAGGUGAGGCACCAUGACUGUGGUCCUACAGACCGAUACCGAACUCUAAACUGUUACAAAAACAACAACCAACAACUAUUUUUGUCAAAUUUUGUCCUUUGUGUCCAACAACAAAAACAACACACAACGUCAUUAAGGCCAAAUUGGAAAGGAAGAAGGCAAAAAAAAAGAGAACCUAAAAUGAACACUAAGUGUUGUGUGGUCUUUGUUAUUAUUAUUAUUGUACAGAGAGAACUAAACAAAACGAAGCAGAAUUGAAUUUGCAAAAUAAAAUAAAAAUAAAUGAACUCUGAGUUGAUGAGAGCCCAUGCUCCAUGGUGUCCAUCAAAAUUCCAUUUUUAUAUCAAAAACCAAAGAAAAACAGAAAAUAUUUUUUUUUGGGAACAUUCCCGGGGGACCUGGAUUAUCCCCGUAACAUGAUAACCAACAGUAUUACAUAUUUAAGUAUUUGUAUUUGUAUUUAUAUUUGUUUUUAUUUGUUGUUGUAUAUCUUUCUGUUAUUAGUGGAAAAUGAAGAGAAAGUAACUUCAAGUAUUCUAAUUCUAGAUAAUUGUACAGUAUCAAAAAAAAAAAAGAGAGAGAGAAGAAGGAAAAAAUAAAAAAAAAACAAAAUAUGAAAAUAUGAAGUAAGGGAAGGGAAAGGGAAAAAAGGUGGAGCUUGCCUUUUUUAUCCUGACCAGACUGUUGUAUGUAUGUAUGUAUGUAUGUAUGUGUAAAUAAUGACACUCUUGGUGAUGACAGUGAUUUUUAUGUUGCCUCCCUUCCUCCCUCCCUUCAACCCACCUUGGUGUCAUAUUUCCUGUAUUUGUUUUUUUUUUUUUUAUUCGAAAACUUAUCUCGAAGACUUUGUUGUAAAAAGUUGUACCAUUAUUUCCCUGUUUUUUCUUUUUGUUGUAAAGAUAAAUUAAAAGUAUUUUCAAUGUUUACACUCCACCCCCCAGACAUACACAAUUAUAUACAUUUAUAAGCAGGAAAAUUAUGUUAAGUGUAAUAAAGAUGAAGCGGAUGAAGAAGGAGAA